CCUAGCUUUAUAUCGACGCGGACGUUCUUGGAUAGUUGGAAAUUAAUACAAGUUAUAUUAUUGCGAUGGAAUAGAAUAUUUCAGUAAAACGUUUCUUUCAACAGAAGGCUCUCUGCAAGGAGCGUCUUCUGCUUUGUUAGCCAAUAAGAAAGAAACCGAUCUUUCCGAUAAAGUGGUGAAAUUUCCGCUCAGAAAUGUAUCUGUACAACUUCAUCCUGCAGCGUGCCACAGGCAUCACGCACGCGGUACACGGUAGCUUCGCUGGCACCAAACUGCAGGAGAUACUGCUAGCCAAAGGCAAAGGUCUUGAGCUCGUUCGUCCCGAUCCCAACACCGGUAAGGUGCACACCUUGCUGCAGACGGAGGUGUUCGGAGUGGUACGUUCGCUGAUGUCGUUCCGGCUUACCGGAGGUUCAAAAGAUUAUGCCGUUAUUGGAUCUGAUUCAGGGCGCAUUGUCAUCCUCGAGUACAAUCCGACGAAAAAUCAGCUGGAAAAGGUGCACCAGGAAACGUUCGGCAAGUCCGGAUGUCGUCGUAUCGUGCCGGGCCAAUAUCUGGCUAUCGACCCGAAAGGUCGUGCCGUGAUGAUCGGGGCGAUUGAGAAGCAAAAGUUGGUCUACAUUUUGAAUCGCGACUCCGAGGCACGACUGACAAUUUCCUCCCCGCUCGAGGCACACAAGUCCAACACGCUAACAUAUCACAUGGUCGGCGUAGACGUUGGUUUUGAAAAUCCUAUGUUUGCCUGCUUGGAGAUCGACUACGAAGAAGCGGACACCGAUCCGACCGGUGAAGCGGCUACCAAGACACAACAAACUCUCACUUUCUACGAGCUCGAUCUCGGUCUUAACCACGUGGUCCGGAAGUACUCGGAACCGCUGGAAGAGCACGCGAAUUUCCUCAUUUCGGUGCCGGGAGGCAACGAUGGACCGUCCGGAGUUUUGAUUUGUUCAGAAAACUAUUUAACAUACAAAAAUUUGGGCGAUCAGCACGAUAUCCGUUGUCCGAUUCCACGUCGGCGAAACGAUCUGGAUGAUCCGGAACGGGGCAUGAUCUUCAUUUGCUCGGCAACGCAUCGCACCAAAUCGAUGUACUUUUUCCUGGUGCAGACCGAACAGGGCGACAUCUUCAAAGUGACCCUCGAGACCGACGACGACGUCGUGUCGGAAAUUAAACUGAAGUACUUCGACACCGUUCCACCGGCUACGGCAAUGUGCGUCCUGAAGACAGGUUUCCUGUUCGUUGCCUGCGAGUUCGGUAACCAUUAUCUGUACCAGAUCGCACAUCUGGGUGACGAUGAUGAUGAGCCAGAGUUCAGCUCAGCCAUGCCACUGGAGGAGGGCGACACAUUCUUUUUUGCGCCACGACAGUUGAAAAAUCUGGUGAUGGUCGAUGAUAUUCCUUCGUACGCACCCAUCUUGGGAUGUCAGGUGGCAGAUUUGGCGAAUGAAGACACACCGCAGCUCUAUCUCGCCUGUGGUCGCGGUCCACGAUCGUCGAUCCGAGUGCUUCGUCACGGGUUGGAGGUGUCGGAAAUGGCCGUCUCGGAGCUUCCCGGUAACCCGAAUGCUGUAUGGACCGUCAAGAAAAGAAUCGAUGACGAGUUCGAUGCCUAUAUCAUCGUGUCGUUCGUGAACGCAACGCUCGUGCUGAGUAUCGGCGAUACGGUCGAGGAAGUGACGGACAGUGGCUUCCUCGGUACAACCCCCACGCUCUGCUGCAGUGCCCUCGGGGACGAUGCCCUGGUCCAGGUGUACCCGGACGGCAUUCGACACAUUCGGGCGGACAAGCGUGUGAACGAAUGGAAGGCGCCGGGCAAAAAGACGAUCAUGAAGUGUGCGGUAAAUCAGCGUCAGGUCGUGAUAGCCCUAUCCGGUGGAGAGCUGGUGUACUUCGAGAUGGAUCCGACUGGGCAACUGAACGAGUACACGGAGAGAAAAAAGAUGCCUAGCGAAGUGAUGUGUAUGGCCCUCGGAUCCGUGCCCAGUGGAGAGCAACGUUCCUGGUUCUUGGCCGUCGGUCUGGCCGACAAUACAGUGCGCAUUAUUUCGCUCGAUCCGACCGACUGUUUAUCCCCGCGUUCGAUGCAAGCCCUACCGUCGGCUGCCGAAUCGCUCUGCAUCGUUGAGAUGGGUACGAUCGAGUCAUCCGAAGAUGGCGUAACGACCACAUCCGGGUGCAUCUAUCUCAACAUUGGUUUGACGAACGGCGUGUUGUUACGUACGGUCCUGGAUCCAGUUUCGGGAGACCUAGCUGACACACGAACACGUUAUCUUGGCUCGCGACCGGUAAAAUUGUUCCGCAUACAAAUGCAAGGCUCCGAGGCGGUACUAGCUAUGUCCAGCCGCUCGUGGCUAAGCUAUUACUAUCAGAAUCGAUUCCAUCUAACGCCACUCUCGUACGAAACGCUCGAGUACGCAUCUGGAUUUUCUAGCGAGCAGUGCUCCGAAGGUAUCGUAGCCAUUUCGACGAACACGCUGCGAAUUUUGGCGCUCGAAAAGCUGGGUGCCGUUUUCAACCAGAUAACCUUCCCGCUGGAGUACACGCCGAAACGGUUUGCCAUCCACCACGAGACCGGAAAGCUGAUCAUCAGCGAAACCGACCACAACGCGUACACCGAGGAGACGAAAAACGUGCGUAAGAAACAGAUGGCGGACGAGAUGCGCGAGGCAGCUGGCGAGGAUGAGCAGGAACUGGCGAACGAAAUGGCCGACGCGUUCAUCAACGAGGUGCUACCGGAGGAUGUGUUUUCCUCGCCAAAGGCUGGCACGGGUAUGUGGGCGUCGCAAAUUCGUGUCAUGGACCCGAUCAAUGGGCACACGUACUCGAAGGUGCAGUUGGCGCAGAACGAAGCCGUCCUAUCGCUUGCUUUGGUGCGAUUUGCGGUCGAUCAAAAGUGGUAUGUGGUGGCCGGGGUGGCGAAGGACCUGCAGAUCAACCCCAAGAUCGGGGGCGGCGGGUUUAUCGACGUCUACAAGGUCGACAGUCAGACGCAUCAGCUAGAGCACAUGCAUCGGACGGAGAUUGAUGACGUGCCGGGAGCGCUUGCCCCGUUCCAAGGACGCCUACUGGCCGGAAUCGGAAAAGUGCUGCGUAUCUACGACCUUGGCAAAAAGAAGCUGCUGCGUAAGUGCGAGAACAAGCACAUACCUAACGCGAUCGUCAAUAUCCAGGGUAUGGGCCAGCGGGUGUACGUGUCAGACGUGCAGGAAUCGAUCUACUGCAUCAAGUACAAGCGAGCGGAAAAUCAACUCAUUAUAUUUGCCGAUGAUACACAUCCACGCUGGAUUACCUCGGCAACGCUGCUCGACUACGACACGGUCGCGACGGGCGACAAAUUCGGCAACAUCGCUAUCCUCCGCCUGCCUCACUCUGUGUCAGACGACGUAGACGAAGAUCCGACUGGCAACAAGGCCCUCUGGGACCGUGGUCUACUGAACGGUGCCUCGCAGAAGGCCGAGAACAUUUGCACGUUCCACCUGGGCGAGAUUGUGAUGUCCCUCCAGAAGGCCACUCUUAUUCCGGGCGGCUCCGAGUCACUCAUCUAUGCCACAAUGAGCGGAACGGUCGGUGCGCUGGUGCCAUUUACGAGCCGGGAAGAUUACGAUUUCUUCCAGCACCUGGAGAUGCACAUGCGCAACGAAAAUCCUCCACUCUGCGGCCGGGAUCAUUUGAGCUAUCGAAGCUACUACUACCCGGUGAAGAAUGUGAUGGACGGAGACCUGUGCGAGCAGUUUACCUCGCUGGAUCCGGCUAAGCAGAAAAGCAUCGCCUCGGAUCUGGGACGUACGCCCAGCGAGGUGGCUAAGAAACUCGAAGACAUCCGGACACGGUACGCAUUUUAAGCGACCGAUCGGAGGAAUCAAUUUCACAUUUAUCUUGUGGGGUUGGAGACGCAGUAUUUUAUGUAUUCUUUGUUUAUCGCUAUUCAAAUCUCUUCUGCAAAAAUCAUUCCUAAGCCAUCAUCAUACAGCCUAAGAAUUAAAUUAUCCUAGAGCUUUACACCUGUUGGUUCUUCAAAUUGUUUGCACGAAUUUCCUUCUGAGAUCUUUUAUGUGUUCGUUCUUCAUCUGUUGUGCACGAUUUUAAUACGAGAUCUUUCCGAUGUUCAUACUACAAUUACUUGGCACGAAUUUCCUUCUGAGAUUUUGCAUUUAAUCGCAUCUUUCCAAAUAGAAAGUAGUGAAACCAUCUGAUUACAACACUUGAUUGAAGCUGGUUUAGUCGAUUGAUUCAUCACCACUAAGCGCAGACUCAUUCCGAUCAGAUGGAACUUCUCCACACACACCAUAUCGCGUGUGUGAAAAUGCAAAUGUUUAUUGAAGAAUUAUUACGAAAAUUUUAUGGACAGCUGAUAUUAGUGGUACUCUUCAUUUAACAAAUACAAAACGAUCAAAUCUCGGCUUGGGGAUGAUGCGCUAAAAGUUGGAUGCUACACCUACCUUAUCAAAUCACUGCUUUUUCAAUGAUACCGUGUGUGAACAUGCAAAUGUUUAUAGUACUACGAAAAUUUGAUGGACUGCUGAUAUUCGUGACACUCGUUUUCAACAACUACAAAUCGAUCAAAUCACUGCUUUGGGGAUGAUGCGCUAAAUGCUGGAGGCUACACCUACCUUAUCGUACCAGUGUGCUCGAAGGAACAACAAUGCAUAGGGGGGAGGAGCUGGUCGAACAAUUAACCCAAUUUCCUGUUUACUUAUUUAUCCAUGGAUUAGAGACUGAAUUAGGAUGUAAAAACUAUUUUAGAUCAUAAAUCAGGAAAGUGAUGUGCAACCAGCUCUGACACUCUGGAUUCAACCGACGAUCGCCAGGAAAGUGUGCAGCUCUGGCACUCUGGAUUCAACCGACGACCACCAGGAAAAAUCAAUCUAUGUGUUGGAUGGAUACUUUCGUCUUCGGAUUUUUAUAACUAAAACCUUCACAAUAUACCAAUAUAUGGUGCAUGGUGAUUAACACAAUACCAGCUCAUGUCAAUGUUUGAAUAAAAGUGUAUUCAACGGUGAA